AGCACGCGCGCGGCGUCAGCCGGCUGCGCACGCGCGGUCGGCUUGUCCCCCGCGCCGUCCCCGUGCUCCCUCGGUCCCAGCGCGGAGGGUCUCCCGGUGGAGCUGCCGCAGCCUUCGCGCCGGGGCGCUGCGGCCGCUGGCGACCGUUGACAGCCCGCCCGCCCGCCGGCUCGCGGGGAGCAUGCCCGGCCGCGCCGCGCACCAGGAGGCGGCGGCGGCGGCGGCGGCGGCGGCGGCGGGAGGAGCGGAGCCCACUGCAGCCGGGGGGAGCGCGGGGGCCGCCGCGCAGCAGGAGCAGCGGGGCCUGGCGGGCGCCUUCCCUCUGGUGCUGAAGAAGCUGAUGGAGAACCCGCCGCGGGAGGCGCGCCUGGAUAAAGAGAAGGAGAAGAUAAAGCUUGAGGAAGAUGAGGCAGCAGCUGCCAGCACUAUGGCAGUCUCGGCUUCCCUUAUGCCACCCAUUUGGGACAAAACUAUUCCUUACGAUGGCGAGUCUUUCCACCUGGAGUACAUGGAUCUGGAUGAGUUCCUGCUGGAGAAUGGAAUUCCUUCCAGCCCCACUCACCUGGAUUUGAACCAGAAUCCACUCUUGCCUGUGGCUGAGCUGGAAGGAAAGGAGUCUGCCAGUGCUUCCACUGGUUCUCCUGCAUCAUCCUCUUCCACUGCAGUUUACCAGCAAUCUGAAGCAGCCUCCAGCACAGAGUCCCCACCACAAAAUGAGAGAAAUACUCCUAGCCCCAUUGAUCCUGACUGCGUAGAAGUUGAGGUGAAUUUUAAUCCUGACCCUGCUGAUUUAGUGCUGUCCAGUGUGCCUGGUGGUGAGCUCUUCAAUCCUCGCAAGCACAAGUUUACUGAAGAGGACCUGAAACCACAACCAAUGAUUAAAAAAGCCAAGAAGGUUUUUGUCCCAGACGAGCAAAAGGAUGAAAAAUACUGGACAAGGCGAAAGAAGAACAAUGUGGCAGCAAAGCGUUCCCGUGAUGCUCGGCGAUUAAAGGAGAAUCAGAUCACAAUUCGGGCAGCCUUUCUUGAGAAAGAGAAUACGGCCCUGAGGACGGAGGUUGCAGAGCUGCGCAAGGAAGUGGGACGAUGCAAGAAUAUUGUUUCUAAAUACGAGACCAGAUACGGACCCUUGUAAGCACACCCCUUUUCCUUCUUAGGGAUCCUUGUUUUUUAGCCUCUUAGACUCCUCUGCCUUCUGUAGAGACUCCCAGAAAUAAAGUUUGUGGAGGCUUUGCCAUUUUGCAUCUACACACAAAAAACCCCCGAACCCUGUUUCUAUUGGCACAACUUGUUCAGGCCUUUUCCUGAUCAUUGUGUUGCUCAAAAUAUCAGUGUCCAGAUUUACAACUUUGUAACACUGAUAGAGCAUUUUCUGAUGUUGUACAAUAGAACAGAUUCACCUGUCUGGAGGAAUAGAUGUGGAUCUCUCCUGACUGGACAGGGCUUUUGCUGUCUGUUCUAAUCUCCAUUUUGAGUGGAGAAAGAGCCUAGGAGCCUUUCCUUGCUUUUUUUUUUUUUUCUUUUUUAAACUCCUGCUCUUUCCUCCCUCUCCACCCUGCCCACCCCCCCCACCCCACCCCCCAGUCAAAUUGUAAAACAUAAUUUUAAGAUACAAGUAGAUGUUGCUGGGCAGCAUCGUGAAAUUGUUUCUUCUCCCAUUCAGAGUCACUAGAAAGUACCUGCUGUAUAGAACUCUGUUCCUGUUGAAAAGGAAUAGGGGAACCUUUAGGACAGGAAGACAUGAAAAUAUUCAAUCUCUGGUAGAACUGAGGUAUCCUGAGGUUAGUGCAAAAGUGUUAUGCAGACCAGAGUCAGUGCAGUGUUGAUUAAAAUACUGCUCAAACAUCUCGGUAGGUUCUAAUUCUGGAUAACUUCCAGAAACCAAGGAGAGAACAGCAGGGUAUCUCUCACUUUACAGUUAUGGACAAAAUAAUUUCUUGUGAGUUUUAGGCUGUAUUUCUACCACCACCCCUCUUUUUUUCCUUGGAGGGACUUCCCUCUUGAACUGCUGCUGGUAAAGCAGCAUAUUACGCUUAGCUGAGGAGUGAGAUUUAGAAGAGGAGGUCUGGCUCAUUAGGCUGAACCUCGAGUUCCAUCUGUUAAGGAAUUGCCAGUACCUUAUGCUUUGGAAGAAGGUGUUUUGUUUUGUUUUUUUAAGAAGCAAACAAGCCACUGUUACUUUACUGUACCUUACCUGUUAUACAAGAGCUUGAAAAAGCGUUUUGGUCCUUUGCCUCAUGAACACUCUAUGGAACAAGCUACACCCACUCUAAACACGAACAGUUUACCUCACUGUCUCCUGUGUAGCAGCAUAUCUGGUCUCUCCAUGCCUGCUGGUUCUCUCUCCAGUAUGUUUCCUGUUACAAAAUUAGCACACAAGACUUGCCCUCUUGGAAGUAAUCCAUUCUCAGCACCAAGAGCUGCUUCAACAGUAUGUGGUGUUAAAAGAAAAAAUAUGUUGUGUGUGAUGUUGGGACCUUCUACAUGACCUACAACUGCAAGAACCAGAAGCUUUUACAGAAAGAAUGUCUAGAAGUCCUCUUAACAAGAGAAGCUAACUUAAGUUAGUGCCUGUGUCAGAACUCUUAGGCUACACUUCCUGGGCUAAUAUUUAUAUUAGGGAGUAAAUGUGGGAUAGAAGAUGUUUAGGCUAGUUUCCAGUUCCCCUAUUGAAAUCUGAAAAGUAUAUUAAAUCAGCGUUGGCGUUUCUUUUCUAUACUAAAGACUUCUUGCCUAGCUUGUCUUUUAAACAUAAUGUGAAAAUUGGUAUGAGUUUAGAUCAACUGUGUGGUGACUUCUUAAGGAAGUGGAGAAGCAGGCUAAUUCAGAACACUUAAACUAAAUGUAUUCUUUGAACUAUAUCCCCCUCUGUUACACACUUAAUUUGACUAGAGUGGCUCUUGAUGCAGUGUUGGUCUAAUUUCUUUCAAACAUACUAAAAAAUUGUCAACCUUUCAGCAGGGGUUUUUUUUCACAGGGUGGUGUGUGGUGGUGAUGGUGGGAAGUAUGUUAUAAAUAAAUUGUCACACUUAA